AUGCCAACGCGCUGCAUGACCAAUAAUGAGUGUGGAACAAGUGGCAAUGUGGGAACGGCUUCAUGCGCGGCCAGUCAUAAUUGUACAUGUACAUAUGGCGAUUAUCAAAUGGGUUUAGGAUGUGGCUGCAUGACCAAUAAUGAGUGUGGAACAAGUGGCAAUGUGGGAACGGCUUCAUGCGCGGCCAGUCAUAAUUGUACAUGUACAUAUGGCGAUUAUCAAAUGGGUUUAGGAUGUGCAUGUAUUACCGCAUUCCAAACGUAUCCAGCUGGAAGUGCUCCGUUUUCUGUUGUGGUAGGUGAUUUCAAUGGUGAUCACAAAGUUGAUCUGGCCGUUGCAAAUUUUGGUUCUGGCGAUGUUAGUAUAUUGCUCGGGAAUGGGAAUGGAACGUUUCAAAGUCAGGUAAGGUAUCCAUCUGGUACCGGUUCACGUUCUAUUGCAACGGGUGAUUUCAAUGGUGAUAACAAAACUGAUUUAGCUGUUGCAGUUCAAAAUACGAACAACGUCAGUAUAUUGAUCGGUAACGGCAAUGGAACAUUUCAAAGUCAAAGAACAUAUGCAGCUGGAUUGACUCCAUAUUCUGUCACAACAGGUGAUUUCGAUGGUGAUAACAAAACUGAUUUAGCUGUUGCAAAUCAAGGUGCGAACAACGUCAGUAUAUUGAUCGGUAACGGCAACGGAACAUUUCAGAGCCAAAGAACAUUUGCGACUGGGGUGAGUCCAUAUUGUGUCACAACAGGUGAUUUCAAUGGUGAUCACAAAACUGAUCUGGUUGUUGGAAAUGGGGCUGGCAGUGUCAGUAUAUUGAUCGGUAAUGGUGACGGCACGUUUCAGAGUCAAAAGACUUAUACGACUAUGUCGGGUCCACGUUCUAUUGCAACCGGUGAUUUCAAUGGUGAUAACAAAACUGAUUUAGCGAUUGCAAAUAGGAACGCCAACAAUGUCAGUAUAUUGAUCGGUAACGGCAAUGGAACAUUUCAGCCUCAAAAAACUUAUCUAACUGGGUCGGAUGCAUUUGGUGUUGCAACAGGUGAUUUCAACGGUGAUCAGAUAAUUGAUUUAGCUGUUGUUAAUGUGCCUGACAACACUACCAGCUGCAUGACAGACAAUGAGUGUGCAACGACAUGUAUUACCGCAUUCCAAACGUAUCCAGCUGGAAGUGCUCCGUUUUCUGUUGUGGUAGGUGAUUUCAAUGGUGAUCACAAAGUUGAUCUGGCCGUUGCAAAUUUUGGUUCUGGCGAUGUUAGUAUAUUGCUCGGGAAUGGGAAUGGAACGUUUCAAAGUCAGGUAAGGUAUCCAUCUGGUACCGGUUCACGUUCUAUUGCAACGGGUGAUUUCAAUGGUGAUAACAAAACUGAUUUAGCUGUUGCAGUUCAAAAUACGAACAACGUCAGUAUAUUGAUCGGUAACGGCAAUGGAACAUUUCAAAGUCAAAGAACAUAUGCAGCUGGAUUGACUCCAUAUUCUGUCACAACAGGUGAUUUCGAUGGUGAUCACAAAACUGAUCUGGCGUUAGAAAUGGGGCUGGAAAUGGCAAAUAUGAUUGAGGGUGCAACCAGUGGGAAUGUGGCAACGGCUUCGUGUGUGGCCAAUUCGAAUAUCUUCUUCAGUAAAUGCUCGUUUGUAGAAUGA